GCUUCCCACCAUUCUACUAGCUCACUGAGCUCUCUUUUCCCCUUCUUGCUAACAAUUAUGACCAUGGCUAGUCCAUUCGGCGUCUUUGUUUGUCUACUCAUAGUGCUACCUCAAAUCCAGGCCGCUUCUAUCCCCUACAAUGGGACUGUACCUCUUCAGGGGUGUCAGAUCCCUUGUAUGACCGAAGUUAACUUGCACUUGUUCUUGCACCAAUUCGUCGAUGGACCAAACCAGCCAAACCGCAAUGAGGAAACCUUGCUCCAAACAAGUUUUCCUUUUGGGUUUGGGACGACGAUAGUUCAUGACUGGACUCUUACCGAGACAACAAAUUCCAAAGAUACAGUUGUUGCACGUGCACAAGGCGUGCAUGUCCAAGCUGGUUUAACCAAGGAUAAUAGAUGGUACAUGACUCAUAACAUAGAGUUUGAGCAAGGAAGGUUUGCAGGGUCUACCCUUCAGGUGAUUGGCAUAACAGCGGGUUUGGAAAGUGGCCAGUGGUCCAUUGUUGGUGGGACUGGUCAAUUCAUUAUGGCACAGGGUAUAAUAAGUUUCACAAAUCAUCCUGCCUCUACUUGGGAAGAUGGUAUUAAAGAACUUAAUAUCCGUGCACGCUACACGAAUCCGCAACCUGCUUGAGGCGCAGCUCGUUUGUUGAAAAAUAAAGCGGACGUGAGGAACUUGAUGCAAACAAUGUAUUUGCACAGUUUCUUGCGGCGUGAUGGAUCAUUAAUGUGGUCCGCUUGUGUCACGAGAGUAUGCAUUAGCAUACCCUCUUUCUAUAUUUCAUUCAAAAUAAGAUGUGGGUUUAUAGCAUGGUGGAUGUCCAGUCCUUAAUCCAUGUCAACCCAUCUGUUUGUUGGUGUCUAUGUAAUGUUUUGGAUAUGCUUUGCAAAAUAGUGAAGCUUGUUUGUUUGA